AAGUUUCCUUUAUUAAUUCGUAGAGACCUUUAAAUCUAGCAUAUUCUAUAUAUAUUCUGUGAUUUUUGUCAUAUAUUAAUUUUAAAAAGGUCCUCAGAAAUAUUUUUUUCAGGAUUAAAUGCCAUAUGAUCUGUAUUAUUGACCUCUUAAAAUAAUUUAGACUACCUUCAGAUAUUAUAUUCAAUCUUUUGUAUUCCUAUUAUUUUCAGACCUUAUAUUCGAUCCUUGAUAUUUGAAUAACAUCAGAUCUUGUUUAUUUCUUGACCUGUUUCUUAGAGUAUGCACAUUUAGAAAUAUAUUAUUAUAAGCGUUUUUUAAUUAUAUUCUCGUGGUAUUAUAAGAUUUUUAUCUUAUACUUUAUUCAAUAAGGAAAUCUUAGAUUUAUAAAUUCCAGUCAUCAACAUUUAAUACAAAUUCAUCAUAAAUAUUUAACAACAAAAUUUUCAAUGAUAAUGAUAAAGCUAUUAAUAAAAACUGAUAGUUAAAGAAAAUUGGAAUUAUAAUUGAUCAAUCCUCUACAACACCAGCUGAUAAUGAGCAACAAGACACCUGCUGAUAAGAUAAAUCUCAGACUUAUUUUGAUUGAUGGGAAAAAGAGGGAUUUUCUUUUCGCGCCAAAUCAUUCAGCCAAUUACGUGACAGAUCUUGUUUACAACACCUGGGAAGAAGCUAAAAAUCUGGAAGGAGUCAACAACAAUCCCAAAUUCUUGAAAUUGAUUUAUCAAGGAAGAUUCUUGCACGGAAAUGUGAUAUUAGGAGCUCUCCUUUUGCCUCUCGGAAAAACUUCUGUUAUGCAUCUAGUUGCUCGGGAAAAUUUACCGGAACCGAACCCACAUGAUGACAAAAAAAAAACUAAAAGAUUCAGCUCUGUCUUAUUCCAUUCCUGUUGUUUCAGAUGUUUCCGGAUCACGUGACGUUGUAUCUGAAUCUUCUGGCCACUUUUCCAUAAAUUUAAAUAUACACAUAAUGAAAUAAAUUUUGUAGAAAAGAAACGAUGGAAAAGAAAUAUAAAAAAUUCUGAAAAGAAAUAAUUUAAAAGGAAAGACGAAUAUAUAUUUUUCAAAACAAGGAAAUAUUCUUGAAUUUUAAAAUAUUCACUAUUGCAAAAUAUAUUUCACAAGUUUUCGAAUGUAGAUGGCGCUAAUUUUUACCUUAUGACUCAUUUUUUUUGUGGCAAAUUUAAAAAUGGAUAUUCACGAAUUGUAAAAUGUUAUUUCACAAGUUUUUUUUAACAAAAAAAUAUUUCAAAAAAUUUUUUUUUAAAAUAAUAUUCCAAUUUUGAAAUGUUACAUUUUCUCUUCCUUUCUUUUUUUCUAAUAUUAUUUUAUUUUUAAUUUUUGAACAAAAUCUUAAACUAACAAAUUAUUUUCUAUAAUUAUAUUUCUUUUUUUAUCUUAUCUUUUUAUUCUUUAUCUUACUAUUUUAGUUUUCUUGUUUUUAUUAGAUUUUUUCCCAUAGUUUAUGAAAAUUAAAUUUGGAUCCAUCUUUAUUUCGCACUUUUCCUUUUCUGUAGGACUUCCAUUUUAUUUCCUCUUGCGUUUUAUUUUUUUGUUCCUUUACCUUUCUUUCCUUAAUGUAUAUUGUUAUGUAUCAAAUAGAUUGUUUAUUUAUAAUUAAUUUUUUAAAUGUUCGAUCGUUAUUGUUAUACCUUAAUGUUUGGUUUAAAUUAAUAAACGAUAUUCAUUAA